AUGGACUUCCUCUCUCCCAAGCGUCGUAGUCUGAUUUACGGGUACGACAGCGACGAAGAUGAGGAUAUGGCUCGCCUCGAAGACACGUACCGGCAGAGCCGCAUCCAAGCUGGCCCCGAGGUAGAGGAGUUUGGAAGAUGGCUGGACGAGUGUGGCCUGACCCACGCGACACCCGACCAGAAACGCGAUCGAAUACUGAAACUCGUCGCCCGCUACAAUGACUACACACAAGAAAAGGCCUCUGUGCUGACGGAGCGACGGCGGCUGGAAAAGCUCGCAAGAGGCCGGAGAUGGGACCCCAAUCAAUCCAGCGAUGAUGCCAACGACAUGGAACUGGAUGAGGAAGACGGCGCCGGCGAUGGCGACGACGUGACCAAAUGGUCGUCAGAAGCACAGACCUGGGGACUUUUGUCACGUUUACUACCGCUGCGACACCCAGACCCUUCUGCCAAGCCACCGAGAUCGAACCUCGCUCCGCAAUCACGGAAGGAAUACUGGGACGAGUUCAUCCUGUCGGAUUCGGUGGCUCAGGAACGUAAGGCUGUUCUGGAGUGGCUGCAGUCCACCGCAAGCACCGGCCCUGACAUCGACGAGCUUGUCCACGAGUUCCAGCAAAAGGCAGACAGGGGAGACCUCGUGGCGCAUGGCUGGCUACACACCCGGGAGGCAAUAAAACUGCACAAGAGCGUAAACGCCAUUCCCCAUGUCCUCGAACCCAACUCAAACAUGUCCGAUUUCUCCUACGUCACCCAAUUGGACCCGGAUGCUAUGACGAGACAAGGCCGGAAGCUGGAGCCCCACGAUGAAUAUUUCGAGAGGGCCAUCUGGGUCGGCUGCUACCAUCUUCUGCGGAGGGGAAGUUCCUUGGAUGAGAUUCGUGACUGGUGCUUGGAGAGAACAGAGGCGUGGCGGGCCGCAACAAUUUCCGCCCUGCCAUUGGCAACGUUGGGUGACGAGGACUUGCCGAAUUUCGACCUGCCCUCUUUCAUCCUGUGGAGGCGCAUGUGCUACGCCCUGGUGAAAUCGGGCGGCACGGACGAUUGGGAGCGAGCAACUUAUGGAAUCCUCUCCGGCGACAUCGACAGCGUGCUUGCUGUGUGCAAGACUUGGGAUGACUACGUUUUCGCACACUACAACGCCCUUCUGCGGACGCAGUUCGAUUCAUACUUGAUCAAACAGUGUGCGCCUGGAAUAGCGUCUUCCCAGUUCCUGCCAUCGUUUGACGCCGUACAGUACCUCGGCGACAGUCCAAAUGUUGCGAGGAAACUGAUCGGUCAACUUGAAUCGGAUGGUUCACAUUUCAAGCAAAUUAACAAAGAGGCCAACACAGCGGCCAAAGCAUUGCAAGGAGCGAUCAUCGCCGACACGCUUGACUCCUACAUAUAUCAACAGGGUCUUGCAUUGUCAGCCGAAGCCAACCAGGAAGGAAAGUCGUAUCUCAUCCCAGAUUAUGGAUAUGGCUCCUCGGAAGGCAACAUCCUGAAAUACAACAAGAUGUCAGAACACGACGGGUUGCGAGUAAUCACACAUGUGGUCAUCAUGAUCAAUGCUCUGGAAUCCAUCGCUCAGAAAGGGAAGGACUUCCUUCCGGGCCGCCGCAUUGUCGGAGAGCACGCCAUCGCGGCGUAUGUCAGUUUCCUGCGCCUCGCACAGCUCGAGCUUUUGAUCCCGCUCUACUGCGCUCAGCUUUCCGAAAGCCGGCAAUACGAGACAUUGAGUCUGAAUAUCAUCCACGUAAGGGACCGAGAGGAGCAACUGGCACUACUGAACCAGAUCAGAAGGGUUGGUAUGGAUAUCAAGACAUUCCUGAGGGAACAGCCGCAACACUUCCUAAAGCAGCUCGAAGAUUCCCAGGGCACCCCCGCCAAGGCCCAAUUCCGGAUUCUCAAGCACAACCUGCCACAACUCCUCGACGGUCGUGGCAUCGUUCCGGACUUCAUCGGUGACGACGGACGAAACGAGGUGGUCCAUGAGAAUUUGAUCCGAUCUAUGGAGUGGUUGUUUGCGGGCGAAGGUAACCUACUCGAGGCCUGCGAGUUCGGUGUCAAGAUUUACAAGUACUUUCUGAAGCACAAGCACUUGGGAGCCGCCCGCGACUUCUACGAGAGAGUAAGAGUGGAGGAUCUUGUACAGGUCUUGGCGAACCGAGACAUCGUGGGAUCUGUCGAGGACUUCGUCCAGGAUCUUUUGACUAAUGAGCAUGCGCUCCUGGGAGAAGUCCAAGAAGACGAAGUCGAGGAUCUUGGCGCAACUCAGAUGCGGCUGGCUCUGGCCAUCAAGAAUAUGUGGGAGCUGCAGUGCUUUGUCAUGGCCCUCGACGGUAUCGAGACGGUGGGAACUUUGGCGCAACUUGCUCAGGAGCCCGAGACAAGCAACCCGCCCAACAGGGAGUACUUCGAAAAUCUUGGAACGGCCAUUCGCACGGCAAAGACAGGCAUGAAACCAGUCCUCAAGGGCUGGCUGGUAGAAACGAACACCAAGGACGACGAUUUGACCCAUUUACGCGAGGCGUACCUUCCAGAGACGAUCAUCGCCUUCGUAUCUGUUUUGCAGUACACCGGCGGCACCCUCACCCGUGACAACAUGCUCGAGGCAAUGGAAUUAGCAGCGACCAUCGCGGGCAAUGACUCGGACAUUGCCGCCCUAUUCGUGAAGACAGGACGCAUGAAGGAGCUUGUCGAGGCAUUUGCGUCGUGCAGCAAGGCGCUGGCGAUUCACUCUGCCGACCACAAGAAGGGAUCCCACACUAGUGCCAAGAAGAUGCGCGAGAUGGGAUGGUCGAGGGAGCUGUGGACGGUUAAGCCUUCUUCUUGA